AUGCGCAGCAAGUUCAAGGACGAGCACCCCUUCGAGAAGCGCAAGGCUGAGGCCGAGCGCAUCCGCCAGAAGUACUCUGACCGCAUUCCCGUCAUCUGCGAGAAGGUCGAGAAGAGCGACAUUGCCACCAUCGACAAGAAGAAGUACCUGGUUCCUUCGGAUCUCACCGUUGGCCAGUUUGUGUACGUCAUCCGCAAGCGCAUCAAGCUCUCGCCCGAGAAGGCCAUCUUCAUCUUUGUCGAUGAGGUCCUCCCUCCCACAGCUGCUCUGAUGAGCAGCAUUUACGAGGAGCACAAGGACGACGAUGGCUUCCUCUACAUCACUUAUUCAGGCGAGAACACCUUUGGGUCUGCUUAA